AGAGAGAGAGAGAGAGAGAGAGAGAGGGAGAGGAAAUGAAUAGAAGGUCAAAACUAGAGGAGGGAAUGAUUGGUUGAACAACAUAGACGAGAGUUCCCAGUCUUCAAGACUCUGCUGAUAUAGAGAGAGAGAGAGAAUGGCGUGGUGCGCCGCCGUAAGAUCCUUACUUGUGCCGGCGAUCGACGUGGGCACACUGCGGACUCGGGCUCCUUUAGCCGUCGGCGUCGGCUGCGUAUCGGCGGCGAGCUGGAGCCUCUGGCGAUCGUCGUCUUCCUCGUUGCCAUCGAAGCCCUUCGCUUGCUUGAGCAUUUCAACUGAUGCCAGUAUAAAGGAGGCUGUUAAAACUGACAAGGCUCCAGCAGCAUUGGGACCGUAUUCUCAGGCCAUCAAAGCCAAUAACCUUCUCUUUGUGUCUGGUGUGCUUGGUCUCAUUCCAGAGACUGGGAAGUUUGUCUCAGAAUGUGUAGAGGAUCAAACAGAGCAGGUUCUGAAGAAUAUGGGGGAGAUACUGAAAGCAAGUGGUGCCAACUAUUCCUCCGUAGUCAAGACGACAAUCAUGUUGGCUGAUUUAAACGACUUCCAGAAAGUGAAUGAAAUCUAUGCAAAAUACUUUCCCUCACCUGCUCCAGCUCGUUCAACAUAUCAAGUGGCGGCACUACCGCUGAGUGCAAGAAUUGAAAUUGAGUGCAUAGCUGCGCUCUGAAACUGUAAUAUGAUUGCGAGAAUCCAACUUCCCAAGCUAGCGCUGGAACUAAUAAAACACUAGGCAGCGUAUCUGGGAAGUGUGUUUCGCAAAUGUGAUUCAAAUCAAAAAAUAAAAGUAAGUUCUGAAUUUAAGAUUAGGGUAUCCAGUCCAGUUGUAUUUUGUAUGUUUUGUUGUUGGAUUUCAAAUUAAUACAUUGAUCACUUAGUUUAUUUGAAAUUUAUGCAGUAUUGGCAA